GUGAAAAAGUCAAAGAUAAAAACACUUUUGUUGCAUUUGUCAGAACGGAAAGAUUUGUUUCAUUUAGGUAGUUUUGUAAAUUUUUUACACGCUUUGGACGUUAGCUGAUAUAAUUUUACUUAGUUAAGACAAAUCAGGAAUCAUGUUUUGUCCCCACAAGAACUCGUAUCUUCAGCUGGUGUGUGCCAUGAAUCCUCGAAUGAUCAACAAGGCAGUCGACAAGGCCAUGGAGAGGUCAGAGUUUGACCCGCAUUGUGAGACACCCGCAGCCCAGCGUAUGACGUCCAUGCAACCCUCACUCUAUGCCCCACACGUGGACAUAACUCGCGCCAAACUGGGAUUCGGUCGCAUCGGACUUAAGCUGCUCAUUAGGGAGCUACAUUCUGAAGAUUAUUUGGUCCAGCUGCAAGCUAUACAUUCUGUUUUGGAUCAGGUACAAAUAUCAGAAAAUGCAUUAUUUCUGCUGAAACUUCACGUCGUGUAUCGACUCAUAGAUCUGAUGGACCACAAGGAUCCGGUCAUCAGGGAGAAAAUCUGCCUCAUCUUGACGCUUCUAGCCACAUAUUAUCAAGGCAGGAAGCAGAUUAUGUCGAGACCAGUCAUUAUUGAUAACCUCUUGUAUAUUAUAGUGAGGGACCGGAAGGAAAUAAGGUACGUCGCAGCUGCAACCCUAAGAACAUUAUCACGAGACAGAUGCUCCUGCGAGCUCAUCAUGAAAAACGAAAAAGUCAUAGAAGAUCUUCUGAAAGUAGUAAAAAAUGAACACUCGAGUAUAGUGCUCCUGCAUCUUCAGACGCUGGCCAACCUCGCCGCUUGGGACCCGACUCGGCAGCUCAAAGCAAACGCCUUUCAAAUAAUGCUGAGUUUAUUCACAGACCGUGAUCCCAAAAUCGUCAGCGCGGCUAUGGACUGCAUGACCCAACUGUGCAAAGACGACAUAGGAAAGAUCCUCGCAGACGAAUACGAUAUAACGUUCUAUUUGAGGCCGUAUCUCAUGAGUAAAAACAUAGAAGUGAUCAUAAGCGCGGUAAAUCUGAUGGCCUAUACUACUUUGACGACGCGGUCUAAAUGGAGAGCUAAAGAAUGCAUGAGGCUGCCACGGAGGCUUGUGGAGUUGUGUCAUACGCCGAACAAGCCUGUUCUGCAACUCGGAGCUAUGCAAGUCCUUAUGAAUUUGUGCGAUAUACCAGAUAUCCGAUAUAAUCUCAGGCUGAAUUUGGACAAGAAUGUGAAGAGCAUUAAAAUCAGAUAUCACGAAGACUGGGACGGGACGACGGAAACCAGUAGUUUUGGCUUGGAAACUGGACACAAUUAUAGAACAAUGAGCAUUGAAAAGGUGGAAACUAUCAAGAAUGAUUAUGGUGAUAACGCUCUUGUCAUAAAUGUACAUAGUUACUUGCGCAGACUCCACGAGUUAAAGGCGCGUUUGAUAUACGCCAUCCACAAGAAGCCUUAUCGGCAUUAAAUUUUAUCGCUUUAUGAUAUUCGCUGCUAUUAUUUUAACAGACUUCUAUAAGGUUCUUAAUUCGUCGCUCUCACACAGUGUUUAUAGAAAGAUUAAUAAAAACAGCAAAUGUUAUAUAAUGUUGUAAUCGCUGUGUGGGCGCAGUUUUGAUUUAGAUUUUUGAUUUAAUGAGUUCUAUUCCGGAUCGAAUAAAUUUAUAUCGGUGUAUGUUUUAAUCGAUGCUGUAAAAUCUAAUUAAUAAAAUAUUUUUUCUUU